AUGGGGAUAGUUCAUAAACUUAUAACCUCCGUCUCUGGGUUGUACAACAACAUUAAUCCAAUAACAUUAAGCGGAGUUAAUGAUGUUAUUGUUGUUGAGGGCAGAGACGGAAUCUUGAGGUGCACAGAGUUUCAACUACGAUUUGGAAGGCUCUACUUCUACGGAGUCAAUAACCAAACAGUUCAUUUGUUCAUAAAUGGGAAGAUGUGCGAUAUUGUAAUGUCUAUAACAAGCCAAGGAGAGCUGUUCUUUGAAAAAGAUACCGAAGAUGAUCUUGGAAUGGACUACGACAUUAUACUCGAGUAUAACAAGAAACUUUCCACUAUGUUCGACUCCGACGAUGAGAUGAUCCUUAGUAAAAGACUUGAGCAGCUUUCUUUGGGAAAUGCCUCCGAUCUCAGCACUCUGAACUUUGAUUUUCUGGCAAAGUUCAAAGAAAAGAACUUCAACAUCGAGGACAUCGAGUUUAAAAAGUACUUAAGAAGCGAGCGAGCAGAGAACCUCAAGAAAAGGAUGUAUGGCCAAUUUUUGCACCAAAGAGAAUAUAAGGAUUCUUACCACGACUUCGAAAAGAAAUUCGUCAAGUUCGGAAAUCUAAUCAACUCUACCGAACACUUUGACUUUUUGAUAGGAAGAUAUCGCUCUGUUCUUCAUCUUAUUGUCGGACUGCAUCUAUAUCCUCCCUUUAACGACAAAACAUGCGAUGGAAACACCAAAGGAUGCGUAGGUGCAAGCAUAUCAUUCUCCCUUUGCUACAACAAAAAGAUACAGGAAUCCUUAGAUCAUACAUUCAACUCUUUCCUGGUUCAGGAAAUAAGAAACAUAGAAAACCUGGUGGUGAGAGUUCAAGGAUGCAAAAAAUGCAGCUUUCGCUUCUACCUACCAUACGACAUAUUCUGCAAGAUCUUCUUUGAAAUCCAGGGCUCAAGGAUCAAUAAGGCAAAGAGGAUCAUGAAAAUUCUUGAGAAUGAACACAAUAAGCAUCUUGGAUGGAACAUAUUUGGAACAAAGAAAAUCAUCAAAAGAGAUGUGUCCUUUUCCCUGAAGCUGGACUCGGAAGAGCUGAAGAUGCUAAACCUGAAAGAGGGAAAAAACCAAGCAGUCUUCAAAAUUAGCGGCCUAAAUAAGCACUUGGAGGGAAACAUCUACCUGUGGAAAGAUGAUGCAAAAAUAAUUGUCUCAGAUAUUGAUGGAACAAUAACAAAAAGUGAUGUGUGGGGCCAUCUCUAUGGAAUGAUAGGUAAGGACUGGACUCACCAUGGUGUGGCUUCUUUAUACACAAAAAUAGUCAGGAAUGGAUAUAAAAUAGUCUAUCUGACUGCCAGAUCUUUGGGCCAAUCAUUCUCCACAAAGUCAUACCUCAAAAACGUUUGUCAAGACGGAUACAAACUCCCCGACGGCCCCGUAAUUUUGUCUCCCGAUGGCGUAUUUGCUGCACUAUAUAGGGAACUGAUAAUAAGAAGACCGGAGGAUUUCAAAAUAGCAUGCCUAAAAACAAUUCAAGGUCUUUUCUGCGACUCAAACCCAUUUGUUGCAGGGUUUGGCAAUAAAAUCACAGACGUGAUUACUUACAAGGCCAUGGAAAUUCCUCUCUCAAGGAUCUUUACAAUCAACCACAAAGGAGAGUUGUAUGUGGAAUUGGUAAAAACAUUAUCCGGUACAUACAGGACAAUGAAUGAUUUUGUGGAUAGCAUGUUUCCAUAUCUGUCCGCUAAGACAAUCCCAUUUAUAGAUCAUUCAUUCAGUGACUUUUCCUGGUGGAGUAUCCAGAAUAAAUCUCAUCCAUAG